GGGUAAGUGCGAGCCUUGCCUCAGCCACAGCUGCUCCCAUGCCCCCGUGGGACUCCAUGGGCAAGAGGCUUCCUGCUCCCCACCCACUUUUGGCUCUUGCUUCCUCACCCCUCCUUGUCCCCUGGCUCCACACCUCCUCCUCGGCAGGGAUGCAGAUACCUGAGGUGGGUGCAGGGGUGGGAGCUGGGGCUGCCAAGGAUAAAGGGGGCCUAGGGGGGGCCCACAGAUCUCUGCAACCUCAAGGACCUGUCCCUCAGCCCCUCCACUUUCCCUGUCCCUCUCCUCCCUGCCAACCCCUGUCUCAUGUAGGGACCUUCACUAUCCAGCUGCUUCACACUUCUACCUUCCAAAACACCUCCUUUGUGGACACGGAGGGGAUAGGCCUGCUGGAAGACAUCAAACUUGGGUCUCUUGAUAAGCACACCUGGGACAUCCACUUCUGCCAGCCCUGGGUGCGUCCAGCCCUGCCCCGCAGUGAGUGGGACACCAUUGACAACAUGAUCAAGAUCUAUUUCCAUAAUGUCAUCCACCUGAGCAAUGAAGGGGCCAAACAGAAGGAUGUGCCCUACCCCUUUGUGGCUCAGGUCAUGGCAGGCUGCAAGCUCUACCCCAACAGGACCUCUCGGAUGUUCACCUAUGUGGGCUACAAUGGGCAGGACUUCCUCAGCUUGGACACAGACAAUGCCACCUGGACCCUCUCCCAGGACACCGACCUGGCACGGUACAUCAGGGCUGUCCUCCAGAACGACACCACCCUUGUUGAGGUCCUGGAGGCCAUCUUUAACAAUACCUGCAUCAAUGCCAUGGAGAUGUUCCUGAGUUACGGAAGGGCAGCUCUGGAGAGACAAGAGCUGCCCGUGGCCACGGUCUUUGCCCGCACGCCCAGCCCACACCAGCUGCUGCUGGUUUGCCAUGUCACCGCCUUCUACCCCCGGCCCAUCAGUGUGGCCUGGCUGAGGGAUGGCCAGGAGGUGCCUCCGGGCCCGCAGCUCAACACCAGCCCCGUCCUGCCCAACGCUGACCUCACCUACCAGCUCUCCAGCGUCCUGGCCGUGGCCCCCCAGGACGGGCACAGCUACGCCUGCCGCGUGCGCCACCGCAGCCUGGGCACCCGCAGCCUCCUCGUCCCCUGGGCCCCUCCUCAUAUUGCCCAGGGAACUCAGAGGUGGUGCUGAUCACAGGGCUCGUGGCCGGGCUGCUGGGAGCCGUGGCUCUUGCUGCCCUGCUGCUGCUUUG